AAAUAUUACUAUUCUCUUAAAAGAAUCAAACCAAACAGGGCCAAUGAAAUUGAGGAAGCCUUUCCAGGCCCGAUCCACACAUAAGGCUCCAAGCCAGGCAGCCAGCGUACCCAGCUGCCGCCAAGUGUCCGUCUCCCCCAGGCAGUCGGAUAAGCCGAGGCCUCAUCCUGGGUCUCAACUCCGUCGUCGCCACUCGCCACCUCCGACCGUCGCAUUCUUCACGAGUCCUCCGGCCCAGCACGCGCCUUCUCAAACCUUCUGGACUUCCCGCCUUCCUUCCUUCUUCCCAUCCAUUAUUCCAAACCUUUUUAAGCUCUCCCCAUGGGGCCUGACCUCCUCAGAUUUCGCAGCAAAAGAUCAGAGGUAGAACAAGCACACCUUCAAAGCUCCACAGCUCGUCGCCAAUGGCGUCUGCUUCUCUCGCGUCUUCACUCUUGUGCAGCAGCAGCGGUUCUACCAGUAGAAGCGCAGCCGUGCCGAGGGUGAUCCGGAUCCCUCUCUUCUCCAAGAACCAGUACAGGCCGCCUCUUCGGCCUCUCAGGAGUAGAUCGGUAGUUAGGCGAUCGUUGCAGCAGGAGCAGGAGGAGCGGACGGACCCGGCCUCCUCCGUCUCCGUAGCCUCCGGCGAGCAGCAGGAGGAGGAGACGACGACGGCGUCGCAUCAUGUCGGAGGGGAGGAUGGCGCGAAGACAUCCGGUCAUGCUGGAGGAGCAGAGGGAGGCGAAGGAGAAGGCGAUGGCGAGGCGAAGAGGAACACGGAUAAGCAGCAGGAGGUGGACUGGAAGUCGGACGAGGAGUUCAAGAAGUUCAUGGGCAACCCCUCCAUCGAGGCCGCCAUCAAGCUGGAGAAGAAGCGCGCCGACCGGAAGCUCCGCGAGCUGGACCGCGAGCCCGACGCCAACCCCGUCGCCGGCCUGCUCCGGGGCCUGGCCAAGGACCAGCUGGCGCGGGAGAAGCAGAGGCUGGAGCUGGCGGAGCAGACCUUCAAGGCGCUCGACCUCAACAAGCUCAAGAGCUGUUUCGGGUACGACACGUUCUUCGCGGUGGACGUCCGGCGGUUCGGCGACGGCGGGAUCUUCAUCGGGAACCUGCGGAGGCCCGUGGAGGAGGUGCGGCCGAAGCUGGAGAAGAAGAUCGCCGAGGCCGCCGGGACGGAGGUCACCCUCUGGUUCAUGGAGGAGAAGGCCGACGACAUCACCAAGCAGGUCUGCAUGGUUCAGCCCAAGGCGGAGAUCGACCUCCAGCUCGAGGUCACCAGGCUGAGCACGACGUGGGGCUACCUCAGCGCCGUGGCGCUGGCCGUCACGACCUUCGGGACGAUCGCCCUCAUGAGCGGCUUCUUCCUCAAGCCCGGCGCGACGUUCGACGACUACGUCUCCGACGUGCUCCCUCUGUUCGGCGGCUUCCUCACCAUUCUCGGCGUGUCCGAGGUCGCGACGAGGCUGACGGCGGCGAAGUACGGCGUGAAGCUGAGCCCGUCGUUCCUGGUGCCGUCGAACUGGACAGGGUGCCUUGGCGUGAUGAACAACUACGAGUCGCUGCUGCCCAACAAGAAGGCCCUGUUCGACAUCCCCGUCGCGCGCACGGCCAGCGCGUACGCCACGUCGAUCGUGCUCGCCAUCUCGGCGUUCAUCGCCGACGGCAGCUUCAACGGCGGCGAGAACGCCCUGUUCGUGCGGCCGGAGUUCUUCUACAACAACCCGCUGCUGUCGUUCGUGCAGGUGGUGAUCGGGCCGUACGCCGACGAGCUCGGGAACGUGCUGCCCAACGCGGUGGAGGGUGUGGGAGUGCCCGUGGACCCGCUGGCCUUCGCGGGGCUCCUGGGCAUCGUGGUGACGUCGCUGAACCUGCUCCCGAUCGGGCGGCUGGAGGGCGGCCGAAUCGCGCAGGCGCUGUUCGGGCGCGGCACGGCGGCGCUGCUCUCGUUCGGCACGUCGGUGCUCCUGGGCGCCGGCGCCAUCAGCGGCAGCGUGCUGUGCCUGGCGUGGGGCCUCUUCGCCACCUUCAUCCGCGGCGGCGAGGAGAUCCCGGCGCAGGACGAGAUCACGCCGCUCGGCAACGACCGCUACGCGUGGGGGUUCGUGCUCGCCGUCGUCUGCCUCCUCACGCUCUUCCCCAACGGCGGCGGCACCUACUCCGCCUCCUUCCUCGGGGACCCCUUCUUCAGGGGCGGCGUCUAGGCGACGCGCCGUGGCGGACAAGUAGUAGUAGAAGGGUUUGGAUGCCGAUGCCUGUACAGACGUACGUAGUCACUCUACUAACCAGUAACCACUAUGCAAUCUCCAAUUCUCCAUAUCAAAAUCCUUUUCUUUUAUCAUAUCAAAAUGACAAAAUCUUUUGGUGAUAUAGCAUCACAUCCUGCAAGUAGAGUUGAUGUUUCAAGGAGCCUUGAACACGGGGGAUUUCAAUGAAUUUUGUAAAAUGCACACAUGAACGUUCAACGUCGUGUAUUUUGUUGGUUUGAAAUCAAUAUACGGCAGUUCCAUUUC